AACUACCAAGAAAGAAUAAACCUAAACCGUGUAAUGAAAGUAGGCAACCAGCCAUAGGGCUAAAUAAUUUUGCGUCCAAAACAUAACCCAAGUAUUUAUUGUUUCUUCGUCGGUGAUUUUUCAUAUAAAAAGCAACAAUAUGAAUCCAAUGGGCGAUAGAUAUAAUAUCUACAGUCAGCUAGAACAUCUACAGUCAAAAUGUAUUGGCACUGGUCAUGCAGACACAACUAAAUUUGAAUGGAUGGUGAAUCAACACAGAGACAGCUGCUCCAGUUACUUAGGACAUCCAGAUCUUCUGAAUUAUUUUGCCAUUGCUGAGAAUGAGUCUAAAGCUAGAAUCAAGUUCAAUCUGAUGGAGAAAAUGUUGCAACCUUGUGGACCUCCACCAGACAAGCCUGAUGAUAACUAGCACAAUCUACAAUUAAUUUAAAGAAAAUAGACUCACUCACUUGUAUUUUUCAACUGAUUCAAUAUUAAUCUUUUUACACAGACUUAUUUUUACAUAAUUGAACAAUUUAGAAAUUCCAUACAAAAGCAUUUGUAAGUAUAGAACAAAUGUAUGCAUACAUUCAAUUAACAACUUUGGCGCAAACACAGACCAGAUGAACAAGUGUCCCCGGCUAAAGAAAAGCACAAUAUAAAUAACUAAAAGUAUAAACAUCUUGUAACAAAAUAUAGUUUUCCAUGUCUCAUAACUUUUCGGUUUUGUAUCAAUUGUUGUGCUAAAUAACAAAAGUAAACUCAA